AUGAAUUCAGCUGCUAUAUAUGAUUUUCUAAGUGGCAUAGCCGGUGCAACAGCUUCAGUUUAUAUAGGACAACCAUUAGAUACAAUCAAAACAAAACUUCAAAUAUUUCCAAAUCGUUAUAAAAAUUUUAUUGAUUGUGCUCAAAAAAUUUUUUAUAAAGAUGGUAUACAUGGUUUAUAUGCUGGAACAUUACCAUCAUUACUUGCUAAUGCUGCUGAAAAUGGAGUUUUAUUUAUGGCAUAUGGACAAUGUCAAAAUGUGAUUUGUUUAUUAAAUAAUAAAAAUCACAAUGAAGAAUUAACAUCAAUUGAAAAUAUGGCAGCUGGAAGUUUGGCAGCAGCAUUUGCAUCUUUAGCUUUAUGUCCAACUGAAUUAGUCAAAUGUCGAAUACAAACAAUGAAUGAAAUGACUCUAAACAAAGAUAUGCCGCAUACACGUAAAACGAUUUCGCCAAUUGAUAUAACACGAAAUAUAAUACGCACCGAAGGCGCAAGAGGAUUAUAUCGUGGAUUAACGGCAACUUUAGCUAGAGAAUGUCCUGGUUAUGGAUGUUUUUUUGGUGGAUAUGAAUUAACAAGAUCUUUAUUAACAAAAGAAAACGAACAAAAGAAAGAUAUUGGACUGGUUAAAACAUGGAUCUCAGGCGGUAUGGCUGGUAUUUGUUUUUGGAUAUUUAUGUUCCCUGUUGAUGCAAUUAAAUCACGUAUACAAGUAUUUAAACCCAAUAUGAGUAUUAUGAAUUACACACUUCAAGUCAUUAAAAAUGAAGGUUUUACAACAUUAUAUGCUGGAUUAUUACCAACACUUAUUCGUACUUUUUUUGCAACUGGAACUUUAUUUAUCACCUAUGAAAAAGUUCAAUCAUUAUUACAUAAUUCUUUUUAA